AUGUCCGAGAAGCAAAUCGUCGAGCAAUCCUCGGCCUCGGCCUCAGAGCCCGAGAGCAAGAAAGACAACGACACGAUCAAUCUGGAGGCGACAGACGAGGAGAUCGAGCGAACGAAGAAUCGCAUCCUCCGCGAGCAAGCAGACCUUCGCCAGCAGGAUGCUCCCAUAAUCCCCAUUCUGUCCUUCUUCAAGAAGAAGAAUGGGUAUGAUCCCAGUGCGAUAGCGACACAGCCAUCUGUCUACGACCAUCCUUCCACUGCGAAGUUCUUCCAGCCACAUCCAAAGUAUGAGAAUCUGCAUCGCUUUGAUCCGACAUUCCGAUGGAGCUGGGGCGAGGAGCUGCCCCUGAUAACAAAGAUGGAUUGGCGCGUCACACUAUGGGCGUGUCUCGCAUUCUUCGCUCUCGACCUGCCUCGAGGUAAUCUAAGUCAAGCAAACUCGGCCUCUUUCCUCGAGAACCUUGGCAUGAACACCAACGACUACAACCUCGGCAACACAGUAUUCCAAAUAUCUUUCCUCUGCGCAGAGUUGCCGUCCCAGAUGGUCAGUAAGAAGCUCGGCCCGGACCGCUGGAUUCCCUUCAUCAUGUGUUCCUGGAGUCUGGUGUCGGGAUGUCAAUUCUGGCUUAGUGGUCGAACCUCCUUCCUUGUGUGUCGUGCACUCCUGGGUGUCCUUCAGGGCGGGUUCAUUCCCGACGUGGUCUUGUACUUGACGUACUUCUUCAAGUCGACCGAGCUCCCCUUUCGACUUGCCAUGUUCUGGACAGUUCGUCGAAUAACGGAUAUCGUCGCACCCCUAUUAGCGCUUGGUGUCCUUCGCAUGGAUGGGAUCAACGGCUACGAGGGCUGGAGAUGGCUCUUCCUGAUUGAAGGGAUCAUUACACUGUCAAUCAGUGUCUGGUCCUGGUUCGCAAUGGCGGCUUCACCAACGCAGACAAAGGCUUGGUGGCGACCCAACGGAUGGUUCAACGAACAGGAAGAGAAGAUCCUGGUCAAUCGAAUCCUUCGCGACGACCCUUCGAAAUGUGAUAUGCACAAUCGGCAGGCAAUCACCCCCAAGCUGCUUCUCAAAUCUGUCGCUGACUGGGAGCUUUGGCCCAUUUACAUCUUUGGUCUUCUCUGGGAAAUUCCAGCCGGCCCUCCCGACCAAUAUCUCACACUGACUCUCCGCAACCUUGGAUUCAACACGAACGAUACUAAUUUGCUGAGUAUCCCGCCUCAGUUCUUGGGAGCUAUUUUCAUGUUGAUCAUGACAUAUCUGUCCGAGAUAUGGGACACGAGAGCAUUGUUUGGUGCCUUCACGCAGCUGUGGUACCUUCCGAAUCUCAUAGCUAUGGCCGUCCUCCCGGCAGAUGCUAGUCCCUGGGCCCAGUACGCUGUUGUCACUGUUCUCCUGUCCUAUCCAUCGCCCCAUGCCAUGCACGUCUCUUGGGCGUCUCGAAAUUCUCACUCUGUUCGUACCAGAGCCGUUUCCGCGGCUUUGUAUAACAUGAUGGUUCAGCUUGCUCGCGUCAUCUACUCGAAUAUUUACCGGGAAGACGAUAGACCAGAAUGGUCCAUUGCUAACGGUGGCCUCCAGGAGAGGAUUCACUACCUCGAGACGACGAAAGACGAGGGUAGUAACCGUAAGGAUAUUCGCUUCAAGCACUAG